UCCAGGAACUACUCGCUGCCAAAAAGAUGAAGGAGACUGAAUCUGUCCAAAAAGGAGAAACUUUUAUAGCGUUUAUAAAACUUUAACCUGCAUCAUGGGAUUUUUAUUAGUUAAAUAUAGUCAGGAGAAGAUGAUCUGUGAGACGCUGCUGCUCCUCAUCCUCAUCUCAUCUGUCUGUGCAGCAACAUUUGUAGUGAAUGUGACACAGAGCUCCUAUCAGGCAGAGGAGAACCACAACAUCACUCUGGAGUGGACCUUCACCACCAAACCAGACAUCUCCUCCAACUCUCUUUUCAUCUACUGUGAACUUAAAGCUGCUCACAAACUCAAAGUCCUGUUUCAUGUAUUUAAAGGUGUUGAAGCCUCCUUGUAUACAGAUCAACAGUUUGUAGGACGAGUCCAGAGUGACAAAGACGUCCUCAGAGAAGGACGAAUCAGACUUCAUGUGUCCAGACUCAGAACUAAUGACUCAGGUGUGUACAGCUGUCAAGUGAACACAGACCAUGGAUGGGGCUCUGCCAGCUGUCAGCUCAACGUUACUGAAGCUGCAGAAGAGCUCCCACCUCAGAGACCAACCAUCAGACCACAACCAGAGAGAGGAGGACACAUCUUACUGGUCGUUCUGGUGGGAUGUGGAGUACCAGCAGCAGUUCUUCUGGUGAUCAUUGUUAUCACUGGUUUUGUUGUCAGAAAGAGAAAAAGCAGAGACAAACGAGUUGUUGAGAGUCCCACAGAGACAAUCCUAAAACAUCCCAUUUAUCAUCAGAUCAGCGAUUCAGUUGAAGACAAAAGACAGUUUGUAUUAUAAACUAUUCUGUUGAUGUACAUGAUGGUUCUUUUCUGGAAGAAUAUGUUACAUCUAAGUCACUCUAUUUUUGUACAAAGUCAUCCAAACUGUCACCAUCUGAUUUGUUCAUCCACCACAACCUCAUCUGAUGUGUUUCAUUCUGUUGAGUCAUGAAAAGCUUCUUCUGACUGAGGAUCUCACCUCCCUGAACAUCACAGAUCCAGAUGAUGACACCUGUAGAGGAAUUAAUGUGUAGUUCAAGGGUUUUUACAUAAAUUAUAUCAAUCAUGUUGUCAGACCUCCAAACAAUCCCAGUUUUUCCAGUUCACUGUAUGGAAUAUUUUCAGAUGAAAUAUUAUCGUAUUUUGUUAAAUCUUUCUGUGUUACAAUAUAAAACAAUAAAUAACUAAUAAAAAUAAA